AGGGUACUGAGAAACGAGCAAUUAAGCUAAGUGUUGACAUGUGUUCUCCGUCGGGAAAAUCUGCUGCCAUGGUGCUGAUUUACGUCUUCAUGUUUACUCCCAUUGCCAUGGUAACAGCAACUCAAAGCACGUGUUCCCUGAUGAGAUAUACAGGAUCAUUUCAUGAAGACGACCACGUGAAUGACCACGCCCUAGUUGGAUUUUCCUACAAAAAUGUUACAGUUUCCAAUAUUCAGCAGUGCUUUGGUGUCUGUGUCAUGGACUGCAGGUGUCUGUCCUAUCAAGUGUCCGGCACACGUUGUGAGGUGAUGGACGAGGACAGACRCACAGUWCSSAMARRAMAAUUWSWGUCAAUACCAGGCUACAAGUACUUUGGCCUCAAACAGAAGUUUAAGAAUUCUAUUGCUGAUUGCGGUGGUAAGUGCAGGAACAGCUGCUGCCGGUUUAUCACCUGCCUGAACGGUGGAACAUGCGUAGAAACAUGUGACAACGUUAAAAGGAAGUUCAAAUGCAAAUGUCCUUUAGGUUACAUUGGGGGAUUUUGUCAGAUAUACCGACCGAGUUGUGCCGAGUAUGCAAAGCAUGGCAAGCCAUCUGGCUACUAUAGGAUCGUAACUCCGUCAGGACAAAGAUUCAAAGCUUACUGUGACUUAACGUCAGAACCUGGCAUUGCAUGGACCCUCAUAGAAUCAUUUGCUUUUCAACACAGCAAAACCUUUCAAGAUAAAACGUUUUUAACUGACUUUCCAGUCAACCAAGACAGCCCUCAAUGGGAAAACUUCCGCUUGUCACGCAAUCACAUGCUUUAUGUAAAAGAGAACGCAGAGUUAUGGAGGGCAACUUGCAGAUAUGACAUAGAUGGCUUCCAAGAGGUUGACUACAUAAAAGGGCUUUUAUCCAAAUUGGAUAUCUUGACCUACAAUGACGAGAGUAUAUGUGCAGCAGUCCAAUACGUCAACAUACGGAAUCAGUCAUGCAGUGAUUGCAGGACACAUUUUCAUCAAAGUCCUACUCGCCAUCCCUACGCAGACAGUUACUUGGGGGAAACUAUGAAUUGUGGAUGGAGCGCCAAGACGGGAGCAGUUCUGGACUCUAAUAUAAAUGGCUACGACGACAAUUUUGGGUUUUAUCUGGUCCACAAUCCAAAGCAUCGAUGUGUGUCUUCGUCGUCGUCGACUACACAAUGGUGGCUUGGUAGCGUAAUCACCUACUAGUAAAAAAAAAAUACACAAAUAAAUAUCAAAGACACUGUCGUCAGAAAUUCGACAGAAGCUGCCACCGUAAGGUGGACGUGGAUUUUAGAUGUAACCCUACUGUUUUUUUCUUAAAUUAAACUGGUAUUAUUCAACAGAAAAGAAACACCACUGAUUUUAAAUAUUAAUCACUGCUUUAAAAAACGUGAAACGAAACAUAAAUCGAAAACAAGUAGUAGAAAAAACAUUUAUACAGCAUGCACUUACCGCACCAACAAAUGAAUUGUAUAUUGGAUUGGAUUCCAUGUAAGUACAGAACGUUACAAAAUAUAACAAUUUACUAAGUAGCUUUACGAAGCUACAGAGAUUGCAUAAUAACUCUGAAACAGUAAAACUCAUUUUAGAACGACAUUUUACCAGCACUGAAAUGCACUAUCUUCAGUACUCAACGUUUUCUGAAAUAGCUGUUACUUGAAGGCAUUCGAAGGGCGGAUUCCUUUGUCAUUCUGAUGACACUCGUAAACUUCACUUAUUUUACAUCUUCAUGUGUAAUGUUGAUGGCUGGUAACGAUAAACUAAACUGCAUGCAUAAAAACAAAAAAAUAGCACAUACGCAUAUAGAGCAAACGCAGGAAG